UCCAUUGGCCUGUGUGUGAGAGAUCGAUGACUGCAUGAUUUCACAGGGAACUCAAUUUUUGCAAGCUCACAGCGAAAACACCCCAAAAAUCGCGUUAGAAAUAAGUUGCCAACAUCACAAACGACUGGAACUCGCCUGGUGUUAAGCAGUCCUGUGCGUAAUAGUGAUUUGGGAAUCAUACUUGAUUACCGGCUGCGUGUUUGAUUUCGUACCGUUUCACCUGAUCAGGGUUGUUGAGGCCACGAACGCUGCCUAUUUGCUCACACCCACCCCUCGAACAUGACCUUCGUCUUAAAUGGUCCCAGUUACUGGCCGUAUAUCAGUUCGGAUAUCUUUUUAAGUUAUUGGAUAGUUGCCACGGGCGUGGUGGUGGUAUAUGAUUGGGUCUUGACACUGGGACAAGAGAUUGAACUCAUCUGGAGACAACGCUGGUCUCUCAUGACAGUGCUGUAUUUGAUUAUACGCUAUAUUGGAAUACCAUUUUCUGUUGUCUCUCUCCUGCGAUUUGCGCCCUGGGUAUCGCUGACAGAUGCAGUGAGCACUAUCAUGUUCUACACAACGAGUGCGACAAAUGUAGUCGUAGCUGCCAUGUUGGGCAUCGUCAUGAUUGCUCGGUUGCAUGCAAUGUAUCAGGGAUCUAGAGCGAUGCUUAUCUUCCUUGUUAUUAUGUUCCUAGCUAUAAACAUCCCCUGCGGAGUAAUUGCAGCAAUAGAACUCAACGAUACUGUACUAGAGGAAUUGAUACUCUCUGGCACGUAUAAGUGCUAUUAUGUAUAUGAAGUGGACGAGCAGCUUCUUUUUCCGAUGGUUUGGAUGCUCAACACUGUUUGGGAGGUCCUCGCACUGUGUCUUUCAGUUUGGGUUGCUGUGAAACACUUCCGUGACCUGCGACGACUCGGCCCUUCGACAGGAUUGACCAUCGGGGACUGUUUCAGAGUGCUGAUACAAUCUCACAUUCUUUAUUUUGCAAGGUGAGCUUGUGGUGUGAAUGCGGUUAUAUUUUGCUACUCAAGUUCCGCACAUGUUAGC